CCCAGGGGAUGACUGCCACCCUGGAGGACAGAGGAGUAUGUGUCUGUUUGAAAGAGGAAGAAAAAAAAUCACAGAGAUACAAUGUGUGACAGUCACAGCCCUCCACAGCACCGGACACUGUGGAAGAGCAUCCUGACGGACACCGGCCUAAGUGGUGCGAAUACUGAUCAACACUACUGGAAGCAGGAAGAGCAGGUGGGACCAUAUCCAUUCUGCUUCACUUGGGUUUUGUUAGAUAGAAAGAGAAACCUGUAUGAACUUUGCUUCUUAGAGCUGGGGCUUUCCUGGAUGAUAAUACUAUUUGAUGUAUCAUGAACCACUCUCAACUGAACUCACCUGAGAUGUCGAGUGUUGAAACACUGGCCUCCUAUGGGAUUGCACUGCUCUUGUUUUAAUGCCUGCAGAAGUUUCUACACGUGUGAAAAUACGUCCAGAUGUUCAAAUCCCAAAUCUGAUUGGAGACUCAAAGAAACGGCAAAGAAAACGUCCCAGAAGUUGACAGAGAUGGUUUCAACACAAACGCUUGACAAACAGCAGAGAAAACAGCAUUUACGCAUGGAGAAGCCUGAUUUCAUCUCAAGCCCGUGAAGUAUGGAGAAAGCUGUGCCAGGUCUGAUGCUGGGUCUCCUGACCAAUCACACAACUCCAAAUGACACGUCCGGCCAGCGCACAACCAAGCCUACCCCUCCCAGCAUGGAGGAGGUUAUCCACUCGCAAUCCCAGAUUAAGGAUCUUGUUGGGCUGUUUUGCAUGGUGACCCUUAACCUGGCAGCGCUACUGGGCAACAGCGGAGUCAUGGUGGCCAUUGCCCGAGCUCCUCAUAUGAAAAAAUACGUGUUUGUGUGUCAUCUUUGUGCAGUUGACUUGCUUUGUGCUAUAUUGUUGAUGCCUCUCGGUAUAGUGUCUAGUUCUCCGCUCUUUAGCACUGUAGCGUUUACUGUUCUAGAGUGCCAGGUGUACAUCUUUUUAAACGUGUUCCUCAUCUGUGCCUCUAUUCUUACUGUAACUGCGAUCAGUAUUGAACGCUACUACUAUAUUGUUCAUCCUAUGCGAUACGAGGUAAAAAUGACUCUAAAUCUUGCGCUUGGUGUUAUGGUCUUCAUUUGGGUCAAAUCCAUCCUGCUGGCUUUGGUUACGCUUCUCGGUUGGCCAGCGUAUGGGAACCAAAGCUCCAUUGCAGCAGCCCAUUGCUCUUUACACUGGAGCCACAGUCGCCUCAGGAAGGUUUUUGCUAUUCUCUUCAGCGUGCUUUGCUUCUUGGUCCCCGCUGUUGUGAUUUUUGCAGUAUAUUGCAAUGUAUACAAAGUCGCACGAACAGCUGCCCGUCAGCACGUACCAUUGCCCAGCUGGACGGCCGACCAAGCUAAGCGUCGCUCGGAUUCCAUCAACAGCCAGACCACUAUCAUCACCACCACUCGCAGCCUGCCCCAGAGAUUGUCUCCUGAGAGAGUUUUUGGUGGCGGAAAGGCUGCUAUCACUCUGGUUGUCAUUGUGGGCCAGUUUCUUAUCUGCUGGCUUCCGUACUUCAGUUUUCACCUUCACAUGUCCAUCACCACUCCACUUCAGAGCCCAGGGGACAUCGAAGAGGCCGUCACAUGGCUAGCGUAUUCCUCGUUUGCUGUGAAUCCGUUCUUCUACGGUCUUCUGAACAGACAGAUCCGCGAGGAACUGAUAAAACUGAGAAAAUGUUGCGGCAGUAGACCUGUUGAACUUCGAGCCUCCAGUCAUGAAGGUUCCAUCCAGGAAAACUUUCUUCAGUUUCUGCAAAGGACCAACAGCACAGCUGAGACCACCAGGCCCAGUUGCGGCAAUUCCAGUCCAAGGAAUACUGUGGAUCAGGGUGCCAGGUUACCUGGCCAGAUCCCUGAGGAAUGACUUGGAAAAUGUGUGAGUACUGGUAUGAAUAAAGGUCAUGACUUUUGAAUUUUUUCUUUUUAUUAAGAAGAGCAUUAUGUGCAUGACUCUAAUUCUAUAUUAAAUUCAUGCAAAAUUAGAUCUAAAUGCUCUUUGGACAAGUGUGAUCUAUUUAAUUUGUUGUUAUGGUUCCUAUUGAUCAGUGGCAACAGUAAGUAUUCAUUAUAAGAUUAAAUAUCAAAUUCCUUUUG